GAUUUAUGUGCCAAGCAGAGCUGACAAAGAAGUAGGUCAAGUUGGCAGUGAAGAUGCUAAGAUAAGACAUCACUUUGCGGUAGAGUUUCGGGCGUGGAUGGAAAUAGGUGGAGUUGCACAUGCUGCGUAACACCACACCUUGUACCUGCAUACAAUGACCCGCUUUUCUCUUCCUUUGCCAAGACUGGUUACAUUGUGCAGGUCUCCUUCCGUCACAGAUACAAUGCCUGUCAGCUGUUCCGCGGAUCCAAGGCACACGUUGCAUCCCUUGGCAGCCAUGUGAAAAUGAUCUUGAUGUGAUGGCGGCAGGCUGAUAGCGGGCCGAACAUUCCAUCGACAAACAGCCCCGUCAACGAACCAAAGAACCACAGCAACAAGAUUGUGCAGCCAAGCAAAAACAUAUCCAAAGUUCGCGCAGCAAACGGACACGCGUCUCGCAGACACUCGCUGCAUGGCAUACGUGGGAGGCAUCCGGAAUAUCUCAAAGCUCUCCGGCUGUGGAGAAGUCAAAGUCCGGUAGCACAGAAAAUCAGCCUCCACGAGAAGUUUAUGCCUUGCUCCGCUUUCGUUACAUAGCAAUCUUUUUAUCGUUCGACCUGCAACACGAUGACCAGGUUCGUUUUCGCAGUUGCAGCUGCAUUGGCUGUUGGCAAGGUCGCUUCGGAAGUAUCCCUUUGUGGGCAGUUCGAGACGCACACAGAAUGUGCGUAGCCGCUCAACAAUAAUGCUUGGGACAAGGACGAUGAGUCGGGAUCUAUCUGUACAUAUGCUUGUGAAGACUGCCGCGAUGCGAUCUCAUUCUACUCCGUCUGGAACUGGACCACACAGGAUCCCGUUCGAGUUCACGCCUACCCACACGUAGAGCUGAGGUCCGAACGACUUCCACUACAACUGGGCGAACUGCGUACGCUCAAGAUCGCAGCCUCCUGGUCACUGGCUCCAGUGUCAUUGAUAGAUGGCACAUCGCAAGAUCCCACUACAGAGCCAGUUGCCGGCGCACUCGAAGACAAUGACGUGCAAGCCAACGUCGUACUUGACGUCUUUGCAGAUGCAGAUGUAGAGAAGAGUCGGACGCCCGCCCAGCAGACCUACGAAUUGAUGGUGUGGGUUGGUGUCUUCGGCAACGCUUCAUGGCCAAUAGGCAUGAAUGAACCAAGAGAUCCUCCCGUGAUCAUGAGCUUAGACGACAUCGAUUUCACACUCUACAACGGCACAAAUUCCAGAGGCCAACUCGUCUACUCCUGGGUUGCGGACCAGACGUCACCGACAUUCGACCUGGACUUUGCGCCUCUGCUCAACUACUUACAGAGAAGAGAGGGGAUACCAGAAGACGUAUAUGUUGGGACCGUGCAAUUCGGUUCCGAAACGUUCUAUUCUGAUAGUCCGAUGAACUUCUCAGUGUCAUCGUUCGAAGCUGAGGUCGAGCGCGGGACGCCAGCAGCGGACUCAGACUCAGACCCAGAGAGCGUUGGCAAUAUGCUUGGAGUGCCAGAGUUUGGUAUGGGGCAGAAUGGCUUCAUCGCCCUGUGCUGCUUGCUGGUGGCAUACGUAAUGGUCUCUUGAACAUGAGUGCAGAGCUAGCACCUGAUUGCUUAGUCGCAGAAUAAGUCUAUAAUUACAGAUGUGGCCACUCCGACUGGAACAGUGUUUCUUCCGGUCCCAUGCCACGUUCUGAUUCAAUUCAGCAGGGAUAGUUUCAUGCACUCUACCCCCUCUCCGAGUGAUGCAUGAGGUGUCUUCCAGAAGACCGUUCUGUGUGGUGGUCUCGAAUGGUGCACUAGCGGAUGGCCGCGAUCGCGCGUAAAAGUACCAUUUGGGCGAUUGCAAGCGCUGCGUCCGGCGGCCGAUCGGCAUGCCGAGCUGAAACUUGGCUCAACCGCCGGCCAGGUCUAUGGGCCUGCCAUCUGCCGGCAUCAGAACCCACUGAUCGAUUGUGAGCGGUGAGACUCUCUUGCAUAUGGGAGUGACGCAGAGUCGCCUCCCCAGCAUCGACUCGACCAAAUUUUUCGUAAAGCGACUGAGCGACAUAAGAGCUAACUUCCCAGUGUCUCGAAUCGAUACAUGAGUAGCCUCAUUUAGUGCUCUGAGGUGGCAUAAGCGCUCUCCGGGCCCAUCAACAGUGUGACUGUCAGGAGACGUUGCUUUCAUGUCCGUUGUCGAGAGCUCGAGAGCAGUAAAGUAUGAAAUUACACGGCGACGCGUCUCAACGAUCACGUUGAGGGACAGUCUGAAGUUCGUGUCUCCAGCCCGAUAUGGACCCCGCCGAACCGCCUAGUCUUGAGCAGUCUUCAUGAUAUCUCUCUAAACAGCUUCAGUGAAAGGGCUUUCUUCGUGCAGUCGCUUCAGCUUAGGAUCUCGUUUCCAGGAUCCGUACAAUCUUGCCCUCAUCGUCCAAGGUUUUUCGUUUAGCCUUACACUGACGUCUUCCAUAUACCUUGCAUUGUGCUGGUCUCCU